AUGGGUUUCUUGGAGAAAUGGAUCACCUGGAUCAUCUUUUGUGUUUCUUCGGUGGAAUAUAAGGUUUUGCUGAAUGGGCAACCUAAUGGGCUUAUUAAACCCGAGCGAGAUUUACGGCAGGGGGAUCCGCUAUCACCGUAUUUAUUCAUUAUUUGUAAGGAGGUGCUUAUUGCGAAUAUUCGGAAAGCGGAGUCGGAUAAACGGAUUACGAGUAUCAAGGUGGCAAACAAAUGUCCGCCAAUAACUCACCUCUUGUUUGCUGAUGAUAGUUUGUUUUUUUGUAAAGCCACUAAGGAGGAAUGUGGGGCAAUUUUAGAUGUUUUGAAGAAUUAUGAGGCUGCCUCGGGGCAACAGAUUAAUUUUUCCAAAUCAUCGUUACAAUUCGGUCAUCUGGUGCCUGAAAAAAUACGUACAGAGGUGCAUUCGACGCUUGGUAUUACAAAUAUUGGUGGGAUGGGUUCGUAUCUGGGGCUACCAGAGAGUUUGGGGGGGUCCAAAACCAAGGUAUUUUCCUUCGUUAGGGAUCGGUUACAGAUUCGUACCACCGGUUGGACGGCGAAGCUUUUGUCCAAAGGGGGGAAAGAGGUUAUGAUCAAGUCAGUUGCUACUGCAGUUCCGACCUUUGUGAUGUCUUGUUAUCGGAUUCCGAAAACAAUUACGUCCAAACUUACUAGUGCCGUGGCAAAUUUUUGGUGGAGUAGCAAUGGUCAGACUGGGGGAAUGCAUUGGUUAGCCUGGGAAAAACUUUGUUCUAGUAAUCAACUGGGCGGGUUAGGCUUUCGAAAUGUGGAUGAUUUUAACACGGCUUUGUUGGCUAAGCAAUUAUGGCGCCUGAUUGAGGUUCCGGAUUCGCUGUUUGCUCGGGUUUUUAAAAGUCGGUAUUACCGGAAUUCAAACCCUAUGGUACCGAUUAAGUCUUAUUCUCCAUCGUAUAGUUGGAGAAGUAUUAUUUCUGCUAGAUCUCUGGUAAAUAAAGUGCUGAUUACACGGGUUGGAUAUGGGGAUACUAUUUCUAUAUGGACAGAUUCCUGGGUUCCAGCUCAAUUCCCGAGACCAGCACAAAGCAAGGAUUCUUUUAAGGAUCCUUUGCUUCAAAUGAAUGAUCUUAUUGAUCGUGCUAAUAACACCUGGCGAAUGGAUCGGCUCGCCGCCCAUUUUGCUUCAGCUGAUGUUGAUUUGAUCGGAGCUAUUCCUCUGAGUAUUAAUCAACAACCGGAUUCACUUGGUUGGCAUUUUACAAAAACAGGGAAGUAUACGGUGCGGUCGGGAUAUCAGGCAGCACGUAUGACUGUAACUCAGGAGAACCAAGUGGUUGCUCAUGGCCCUGAUAUUACGCCUCUUAAGGCUGCUGUUUGGAAAACCCAGUGUCCACCAAAGUUACAGCAUUUUAUGUGGCAGAUUCUUUCUGGGUGUCUAUCGGUGACUGCUAAUUUACGACGACGGGGUAUUUCCUGUGAUGUACACUGCUCUCGGUGUGGGGCAGAGGAUGAAACUAUUAACCAUGCUCUUUUCGAAUGCCCCCCCCCAGCGAGACAAGCUUGGGCUAUUGCUAAUGUCCCUACGGGUUUUCAGGCUUUUCCAACUCCCUCGGUAUAUGCUAAUUUGGAUCAUUUCCUAGGGGAACAUAAUCCAGGAGCCCAGGAGAAACCGGAUGAAGUGAUACGUCUGGCCCUUAGUGAGGCAAAAGCGUGGUUGGAAGCUCAGAGUGAGGAAGAGGUAUGUUGCUUGCUGAAUCCUCAUUCUGGCCCUCGGGUGGCGGUGCGGGGUGCUCAGCUUCCCUCUGCGUUCUCAGGAUAUCGAUGUUUUGUUGAUGGCUCCUGGAAGGACUCCGAUAGGUUUGCUGGUGCGGGAUGGGUUUGUUGGUCAUCGCAGAGGGCCUCCUCUCUCAUGGGCGCUGCAAAUUUCCACCGCAGUUUAUCUCCUCUCCAUGCAGAAGUCGAAGCUUUUGUUUGGGCAAUGAGGUGCAUGAUAGGUCACGAUCUUAUGGAUGUGGCUUUCUAUACAGACUGUUCAGAUUUGGUGAAGAUGGUGUCUUCUCCCUCCGACUGGCCAGCCUACUCAGCAUAUCUCGACGACAUCAAGGUGGACUUAGCGGAAUUCUCGAGUUUCUCUUUGACCUUGAUUUCUAGGAAGGACAAUGAGUUUGCGGAUCGCCUGGCACGACAAGUUCGUAUCCAACCGCAUGCUACUACUUUUGUAAACGAUUUUCCCCCCAAUUGGCUCGUUUGA